UUCACGCUUGUAAAUAUCUAAAAUAAUUAGGUAAAUGUUGUAUCGAAGUUAUACAACGCCUAAUACUAAUUUCUUUCUUUGUGUUUUCAAUUAUUUUACACGUCAGUAGCACUAAUCUUCGUUGCAUUGCUGUAUGUAAUAUUCAUAACGAAAAUAUAACCUAUACGUAAAUCGACUCACGUGGAUAUGGCGGCACGCGCGAACCAGCAACCAAAAUUACUUAAUGUGAAUAGGAUACCUGGUCAACCGAGAAAACGAAGGAAGAUUACGCUCGUAUUCGACGAAGAUAAAAGACGAGACUUUUUGACGGGAUUUCACAAAAGAAAAUUACAACGGAAGAAAAAAGCUCAGGAGGAGUUACAGCAACAAUUGAAAGAAGAACGGAAAAGAAUUAAACACGAUGCAAAGGAAAGUUACAAGAAGUUGUUAUCAAGUCGUGAUGUUCCUGAAAUUCAACAAUUAUUAUCGGAGCGAGAAUUUGAAACAGAUGGGCACACCGUUAGUAUUUUAGAGUUAAAUGUUGCAGAUUUUGCGGAAAAAAAUGCAUUAAUCGGUGAAAAUAAAGGUACCGAUGAAACGGAAAGUAAGGAAGAAGAACAGAGCGAUCAGAAUUCUGAAGACGACGAAGAAAUUGUUGGAAUGACGCUAAAGAAAAGGAAAACGGUUAAAAGUUCAAAAGAGAUUACAAAAGAUACACAGAUCUGUAAUAGGAAAGACGUAAAACGAACAAUAAGGAAAGCUGCCUUGGAACAAGUAAGAAAAAGUAAAGCAUUUCAAAAGAAACAGAACUUAAACCGUCAGAAGAAUAAAAAAGAAAGUUUGAGGAAACUUAAGAAAGUAGAAAAGAUCCAAAAACGUAGCGGAAAAUCGAAGAAAAAGUUACGUAGCUGA